UCACUAGGGCAAGCCUAUGGCGGCCAUUUUGAGGCGAGGUAUGUUUUUCCGCCAUUGUGUUUUAUAGUGUGCUUGUACGCCAAAAAUAUAUUGCUUCGGCAUGAGGACAUAAGUGUAUUGUGAAUUUUAAUCCUAUUUUACAAGAUGGACGAAGAAUAUAUGGAAACACAGGAAACAGGUACGAACGACCUAAAUAACCGUUCGGAAGUAGUUGACAAUCUUGAAGCGGCGAAAGAAAUUGCCGAAGUCCUAGGAUAUGAAGAGAAUUAUGAAGAAGAUGACGGCUCAAAUAGCUUCAGAGGUGGUCGAGGAAGAGGAAGUCAAUUCAGAGGUCGCGGUCGAGGGCCUCCGCCUGGCUGGAUGAACGGCCCACCACCUCCGAUGAGGUUCCGAGGCCGUGGGUUUGGACCAGGAGGGCCACCGAUGCGCAGCAGAGGCUUCUUUAGAGGUCGAGGUGGACCACGCUUUGGACCGAACAAUGGUCCCGGCUUUGACGGUAACUGGGGUCCUAUGGGACCACCGCCCGGUAUGAUGGGCGGUCCUCCGCCAUAUGGACCACCACCGGGUAUGAUGCCGCCUGGUGGUCCAAUGGGACCACCUCCUAAUAUGAUGGGACAGCCGCCCCCGUUUGGUGGACCGCCGGGAAUGCCGCCACCUAAUAUGCCCGCUCCAGAGUUGUGGGUGGAGACGAAGUCUGAUGAGGGCAAACUGUACUACUACCACUCGAGGACGCGCGAGACGACGUGGACGAGGCCCAUGGAGGGGCCCACUUGUAAAGUCAUCACACAAGCAGAGAUGGAGGCAAUGAGUACUGCAGUUCCACAGAUGCCACCGGGUAUGAAUGGACCUCAGAGUAUGAUGAGUGGCCCCAUGGGUGGUCCGAUGGGUGGACCCCCAAUGGGAGGUCCUAUGGGUAUGAUGAACGGUAUGAUGCUGCCUCCGGGUGUCUCCGCGGGCCCAGCUCAGGGCUCCGUUCCUCCCUUUAUGACUCAACCACCGCCGUGGAUAAAAGAUGGUAACAACAAAGAUAAACAGGACAAUCAGAUGGAUGAUGAUGAAUCCCCCCCUGGUGAAAUGUCACAGAUGACACAAGCCAACGGUGGUGGAUACGGUGGACCUUGGGGUAACUGGGGCUGGCCACCGCCCGCACAACACGCAGCACCCGGAGCAGCAUCCGGUAUCACAUCUGCUGCUGUUCCUGACAAAGGAGCUGCAACUCAGAUGCCGUUGUCCAAUUCUGUAACAGGCGCUGGCAGCAAACAGGAACCCAUCAAUGUAGACGCUUUGCCUUCACCCAAGAGAGAGGAAAUUGUGAUACCACCGGAGUUGGUGGCAGCGGCUGCUGAAUGGACCACACACCGAGCUCCUGAUGGCAAACCUUAUUAUUACAAUGAUAGUAAAAAGGAAUCAGUCUGGGAGAAACCUAAACCUAUGAAGGAGUUGGAAGAGCUACAAGCAAAGAUAGCAAAGGAGAAAGGUUUAACGGAGAAAAAGAUUGAUACAUUGGGCUUGGAGGACAAGAUUGAAGUGAUAGAUGUGGAAGCUCAUGCAGAGGCAGCAGCAGCUGCUGCUGCGGCGGAGGAGUCGCGACGAGUCGCUGAGCUGGAGCAGGAGAGGGAGAGAGAGCAGGCGGAGAGAGAACGUGUGGAGAGAGAGAGGAUGGAGAAGGAGCGCGCUGAGAGAGAGAAGGCGGACAAGGAGAAAGCUGAGAAGGAGAAGGCGAAGCAGGAUAGGAGUAGACCGAUAUCGAGUACUCCGAUAUCUGGAACACCUUGGUGUGUGGUAUGGACUGGUGAUGGACGCGUUUUCUUCUACAAUCCAACGGCGAAUUCUUCUGUAUGGGAACGUCCACCGCAGCUGGUUGGUCGAGCAGAUGUUGACAAAGCUGUCAGCCAGCCGCCAAUAGACCUGCAGCGUAAAGCAGCUGGUGGUACUGUUGCGGCGGGUGCUGCUGCUGGUGCUGCUGCUGCUGUUACUGCAGCUGGCAACGGGGACCUGAAGCGCGCAGCCUCCGACAGCGAAGACUCUGAUCAUGAACCAGCUAAGAAGACUAAAACGGACACUGGCAAGAAGUCUGCAUCCAGCGGUGUGAUAGAUGCAGGCAAGCAGGCAGCUGUGGAGGCUGAGAUCAGAGCAGCUCGAGAGCGCGCCAUAGUGCCGUUUGAGCAGCGCGUGUGCCGCUUCCUCCAGAUGCUGCACGAGAGCGAGGUCUCCGCAUUCAGCCCCUGGGAGAAGGAGCUGCAUAAGAUAGUCUUUGAUAGUCGCUAUCUUCUCCUCACUUCUAAAGAGAGGAAGCAGGUAUUUGACAAAUAUGUUCGCGAGCGCGCGGAGGAGGAGCGCAAAGAGAAGAAGAACCGGCUCCAGGCGAAGAAGACAGCCUUCAGAGAUCUCAUGGAGGAAGCCAAGCUGCAUUCCAAAUCAUCAUUCACGGAGUUCUCAUCAAAGCACGGACGCGACGAACGUUUCAAAGGCAUUGAGAAAGCACGCGACAGAGAGAAGUUCUUCAACGAGUACAUCGUAGAAGUUCGCAAGAAGGAGAAAGAGGAUAAGGAGAAGAAGAAGGAACAGGUGAAAAAUGACUUCUUAGCUCUGCUGAAAGAGAAGAAUGUUGGCAGACACACGCGCUGGGCGGAGAUAAAGAAGAAAAUUGACAGCGAUCCAAGGUACAAGGCGGUGGAGAGCAGCACCGUAAGAGAAGACUACUUCAGAGAGUACUGCAAGCAGGUGAAGGAUGAAAAGAGGAAAGACAAAGAUGGAAAGGACAAAGAGCGUGACCGGUCCGCAAGUAAGAAGGAGAAGAAAGACAAGGACAGAGAUAAGGAAAAAGACAAGGAGAAGGACAAGGAGAGUAAAAAAGAUAAGAAGAAAGAAAAAGGAGAGGAGGUAGGCGACACAUCCCGCGCGGAGGCGGAGGAAGGAGGUGAGGGGGAGGUGGAAGGUGACGUGGAGGCGGAGGGGGAGGUGGAGGAGAGCAGCGAGGCGGCGGCGGCGCGCGAGAGGGACAGGCAGCUGCGGGCGCAGGCCUCAAUCAAGGAGCGCGAGAAGGAAGUGCAGCGCGCCCUCGCCACCAGUCUGCGGGACAGGGACAAGGAGCGAGAGUAUCACAAGCGAGAUGAGGCUGUACAACAUUUCAACGCACUAUUAGCUGAUCUAGUGCGAAACCCAGACCUAACGUGGCGGGAAGCUAAGAAACAGCUCAAGAAAGAUCACCGCUACAAACUAGCAGAGUUACUCUCCAAAGAGGAUAAGGAGCGGUUAUUCUCUCAGCACAUAAGCGUGUUAUCCAACAAGCGGCGUGACAAGCUGCGUGCUCUGCUCACAGAGCUCGGUGUGACGAGCACAGCGAGAUGGCGUGACGUGAAAGACCAGCUCCAGCAGCAACCAGCACCACCUGUCUACGCCAGUGCAUCACAGAUGGAGCGAGAGUUCAGAGAAUACCAGCGUGAUAAGCAAAGCGGGGCGAAGGCUGCUUUACGUCAACUGUUGCUGGAAUGCCGCGCUAUAACACAUCGUAGCUUUACCGCUGUUAAAGACAAUCCAGCAGCUCUCAAUGCCAUCACUGACACCCUCCAGCAUGACACCAGAUAUACAGCACUGGACCAUGCGCCCGGUGAACGUCUACAGACAAUAAUGGCGCACCUAGAGGAGCUUCACAAGAAGGGUCCACCACCACCCCCCACAGCCAGCGAGCCAACGCGGCGACCUAAAUAAAUAAUAAAUAAUACGUAACAAUAAAG